ACCUUUAAAUGAUGCCUUUUCGCCUCUCACUGCUUCUUUUACUUUGUUAUUUAGCCACGGUGGCACUUUUUUUGAAGGAUUCAGGUUUGGGCAGAGGCCAAGGAUGGGCCCAUUACCCAAUACCUCUGCCUUUGAUCCCACCCUAACAAAGACUUCCUGAUGGUCCAACCUCAGCUGACGGGCAGGACACAAAGUCUCUGUUUGCUCUGGGCUGGGAUCCUUUUAUUUGCCAGCUGGGCUGAUUUGCAUGUUCAGCAUCCUGCCCACUCCCUUCUCACCCCCCACCCCCGAAGCCCCAGUAGGUCUAUAAAUACCCCGGAGAGCCAGCGCCCUGCACAGGCUGAGCUCUGAUCCUCAUCGCUCCAAACCAGCCACCCAGACAGACAGACAGACGGACAGGGGAAGCGAGAAGAUGGGGCCAGUCGCCUACUUCAGCCUCUGCCUCCUCGGCUGCCUGAUCUUUAACCCCUCACUGGCAGGAGCACAGGCUGGGUCCUGUCCCAGGGGCUGGCUACUCUUCCAAGGCAACUGCUAUGGAUACUUCCCCCAAGAGAAAACCUGGAUGGAGGCUGAGGCUGAGUGCCAGCACCACUGGCACGGGACUCAUCUCGCCUCCAUUCACAGUGCUGGAGAAAAUAAUAUGAUGGCCCAUUAUAUCAAGCGGUACCACAGAAACAGCGGUCCGGUCUGGAUCGGACUGUUCGAUUUUGAGCAGGAUCAAACCUGGAGAUGGUCAGAUGAAUCCCCGGUCAGCUUCAGAGCUUGGGAUAACGGGCAGCCUGAUAGUCAGAGAAGAAAUGAGCACUGUGCAGUGUUCGAAAACAGUCUAGGUUUUCAGAAAUGGCACGAUUAUCCCUGUGAAGAGAGAUUCUCUUUCAUUUGUAAACGCAAAUCCUAGGGGAGGCAGGUUGCCUGGAUCUGGGGGGCUCCCAGCACCUGGGCUGUGAGUGAAUCGGGUCCCUCCGGCUCCCCUGGGAGACCAGAUCCUGUGUCCCCGGCUGCAAAAUCCCUUCUGCAAAGCAUCGCUGUGUUACGCUGUGUCACUCCCGCUCUGCUCUGCCCCUUUCUCUCCCUGUCACACCCACGCUCUGCUCUUCUCAGCAAUCUCAGCACAGUGACGUGAUAAUAAACUUUCCCUCCAGCAUUCA